AUGCUGCGGCUGCACAUGUCCACUACUGGCGACGAUGCGCGGCAGGGCGGGCGUGUGCGGCAGCCGUCGUCGCCGCCGUGCGCCCGGGAACAUCUGUUCCAGAAGGCCCUGACGCCCAGCGACGUCGGCAACCUCAAUCGCCUCAUCGUGCCGAAGCAGCACGCCGGGAAGCACUUGUUCGUCAAGCGCAGCCCGUUGAUGGCCGCCGGCAUGGGCGUGCUCCUCGACGUCCAGGACGGCGAGGGGAAGACGUGGCGGUUCCGGUACUUGUACUGCCGGAGCAGCCGGAUCUACAUCCUCACCAAGGGCUGGAGGCGCUUCGUCCGGGAGAAGGGCCUCCAGGCCGGGGACACGGUGGCGUUCUCCCGGUCGGCGAUCGGGCCGUUCAAGCAGAUGCACAUAGACUACUGGAAGAAGAAGCAGGAGGAUGUCACGGCCGACGGCGCCAUCGCCGCCGUCGAUUCCCCUGUCGUCAUGCUGUUUGGCGUUGACAUUGCUGCCAGAAGAGGAAGUCCAUAG